UUUCUUAAAGGCAUAUACAAACUGGGGUGACUAUUGACCAUGCUGAGGAAGGCUCUACAAGCAAUAAUUCUCAUAGUCUUUCAAAGAGAGACAAGUGGCGAAGUAUCUCCAAACCAAAAAUCUUCCGUAUUCUCUCGUUCAGCCUACUUCAUGACAAUGAAUAAUAACCGACUUCAUGGCUACGUUGUUGAACGUUUUCAGUCCGCUAGCUUGUUAUUAUGCAACCAAAAGUGCUUAAGGAGAGAAUGGUGUACUUCUACGAAUUUCAAAGCGCCUGAACAAAGUGGAAAAACCGGAACCUGUGGACUGAACAAGCAGAGUUUUUCUUCCAUUUUCGAAAGCACGAGUUUACGCGAAGAGGAUGGAGUUACUUUCUCCCUACUGGUAAAGUUUCCAUGCCAUAGCAAGCCAUGUCUGAACAAUGGGAUCUGUGUUCAAGAUGGUGCAGGGCUUUCUUUCCAUUGUGUUUGCAAGGCGGGAUUUGCUGGAACACGCUGCCAAGCUUGUAAGUUCGAUUUCGAAGAUGGAAAAGAUGGCUGGGAAAAGACUGGUACAACAUUCAAUAACCAGCCGACCUACGGUGACAACCCUACAGCUCGGAAGCGAGAACCUGCCAAACAGCAAGGGGAUUGGUGGAUUGGAGGAUACGAGGACAGACCUUCUAAAGCUGCAACCCCUGGGCGCAUUCAAGGGGACGGGCCACGUGGCACCCUUACAUCUCCGUUGUUUAAAAUCAUUGGCCCCAACAUUACCUUUCUGAUUGGUGGGGGUUGCAGAAUGGACUCUAUAAGAGCAGAGUUAGUUAUUAAUGAUCAGGUAGUCAGAAAUGAGACCGGAAAUUGCAGUGAGACAAUGCGUCUUAAAAGCUGGGAUGUUCAGAAUUUCAUCGGUCAAAGAGCCCGUGUUAGAUUGGUAGAUAACAGCUCGGAAGAAUGGGGUCAUAUCAACUAUGAUCUUCUUGGAGGCGACAUAAGUUGUGAAGAGGAAAAAACUUAAUGCAUACUAACAUGCUUGAAAGAUUGAAGAAGCCAUCAGUGGAACUUUUUUAUUUUGCAGCUCGUUUCUAUUUUUCCUUUGCACUCGGCUUUCGAUUUGGAUCAGCAGAUUGCAUCUAUCU